AUGGAAGAUGUGCUGUCCCGAGCCUGGGCGCUGGUGAAGUGGGAGGAAGAUGUUGCUAGCCAUGCCAAGGGUCAACCAAAGCAGGACCAAAGGUCAGCCGAUCAGAUCGAGGAGACCGAGAGGAAAGAUCCUCCCAAAAAGGAUCCAAGGACUCCGGUAAUAGAAACAGGGGCAGGUUCUAGUACUGGCCUCAAGAGAAGGAAGAAGGAAGAUGGAAUGUCGGUAUCUACCUGGCCCGAUAUCUCUCAUCUCUCGAUAUCAACACCAGAGCUGGCCAACGCACAGAGACAGAUGGGCCAACAGGUUAAGUGGCCUCCAAAGAUGAAAGGAUCUGAUUCGUUCUGGAACCCGCAACUCUGGUGCGACUUCCACCGCGAUCAUGGCCACAAAACCAAAGACUGCAUCGCCAUAAAGAUUGAGAAAGCCAAGGCCCACCUCAGCAAAGAGACAGUCGGGAAGUCCAAAGGAGCUGCACCAACCUCACCACCUUGCCAAGAUCGGGUGAUCCAUGUCAUAUCCGAAGGCUCAGAAGUAAGCGGAGUAAGCCACACAGCCGCAAAGAAAAGCACCCAUAACGCUAAGCAUGAUCUGGAAACGACCCAAUCGAAGCGCCUACUUCUAGGCACCGAUGAGAUAAGCUUCACAGCUAAGGAGCUAGAGAAGAUCCUAGCUCCCCAACACGAUGCUCUAGUUAUCGCUCUCACCAUAGUGAACUGCUUGGUGAAAAGAGUACUAGUAGACAACGACAGCUCCAACAACAUUAUCUUCCAGAUGGUGUACCAAGAUCAUGGGCUUGAGGAGAGCGCCCUAACGCGAAAGGUAACCCCACUCAUCGGAUUCAGCGGCGAGGUCAAGCAAACCGCCGGAGAGGCAAUCCUCCCAGUAUACGCUGAAGGAGUCAACAUGUCUACCAAAUUCCUGGUCGUAGAUUGCUAA